CGGGUGCACAUUAGCCAUCAGGCCCCAACCAAUCGAAAACCAUUCUCUCAGAGCGUCUCUUCGUCUUUUGAGAGCCAUCAUCAUGGCUACGUCCCACACCUCCCCCUCCUCCCCAGCUGCUGCUGCUGCUGCUUCAUCUCCUUCCUCGAGGCGAAGAACCAACGCUCCUCCACGGAGACCACGACCCUCCUCCGAAUCUCCACCGAGGAAGAUGAGAUCAAUCGCCGAGAUAAUGGCGGUGACCGCGCCCGCCGCUGAUCAGGUGCAAGACGACGUCUACGGUGGCGACGUCACCUGCGACGGUGGCGGCCGGUACGGUGACGUCGCCUGCGAGAAAUGCGGGUCGGGAGAAAGAGACGACGAGCUUCUCCUCUGCGACAUGUGCGACAGAGGGUUCCAUAUGCGAUGCCUUAGGCCGAUCGUGGUUCGUGUCCCUAUCGGACAAUGGUUUUGUGUCGAUUGUUCCGACCAACGACCUGUGAGAUGUUAUUCUCAGCGGAAGAUUAUGCAUUUCUUCCGGAUUGAGAAGUCAAUCGAUGGAACAGAGAAACCAGAGUUGAGUCAAGAAGAGACAACAAAGCACAAGAGACGAUCUCGCCCUUUGACUAUGACGAAGAGAAAGAGAAGACUGUUACCUUUUGUUCCAGCGAAAGAUCCUCUUCAAAGGGAUGCACAGCUCAGAACACUUGCAUCCGCUUUAACAAGCUUGAACAUGAAAUACAGCAACGAGUUAACUUAUGUCCCAGGGAUGGCUCCUCGCUCUGCUAAUCAAUCCAUGUUCGAGAUAGGUGGCGUGCAGGUGCUUCCAAAAGAAGAUUUCGAGACAUUGGAACAGUCUCGAGCUAUGAAUCGACGAGGAGAAUACCCUCCUCUUGUUGUCGUCGAAGAUCAGUUUCAAGGUUUCACAGUUGAAGCAGACGGUCCAAUUAAGGACUUCACAUUGAUAGCUGAAUAUGCAGGAGAUGUUGACUACUUAAAGAACCGUGAGAAGGACGAUUGUGACAGCAUUAUGACUCUCCUCUUAUCUGAAGAUCCAUCGAAAUCUCUUGUUAUUUGCCCUGACAAGUAUGGAAACAUAUCUCGCUUCAUCAGUGGCAUCAACAAUCACAAUAGGUAUGGUAAGAAGAAGCAGAACUGUAAAUGCGUGAGGUAUAGCAUCAACGGCGAAGUUCGGGUUCUUAUAGUGGCUACACGCGAUAUCGCGAAAGGGGAGAGGCUUUACUAUGACUACAAUGGUUAUGAACAUGAGUAUCCUACUCAUCACUUCCUAUGAUCAUCUCUCUCACUUCAGACAGUUUGACAGAGUCUCUGAAAUAAUUCAAUAGGGUUUUUAUACAGGCCAAUUAAAAAGGGUAUAGAUCUGAAUUGUAUGGUCAUUGGAGAGGUUAAUCAUUCUUAACUAUGAAGUUAGUGAUAGACUAAUUCUAUCUUCUUUGGCAGAACUUUUGUUUGGUUUAAAAAUGAAAAUUUUAACUUCUUUUCUAUGUU